AUGGCUGCUUCUUCUUCUACUAGUGUUCCUUCGUCUCAUUGUCCUGAUUCCCCCUCUUACUCUGGGAAAUGGGAAUACGACGUCUUCCUGUGUUUCAGAGGCGCCGACACUCGGAGGGAUUUUACCAGCCACCUCAUGGCUGCUUUUGCCCGCGGGAAAAUCAAAGCCUUCAUGGAUGGCAUGCUCGACAAGACUGAGAGCAUCGACGAGCUAAUCUCCGUCCUCCAAAGAUCCGCACUCUCAAUUGUGAUUUUCUCGGAGAGUUUCGCGGAAUCCUCCUGGUGCUUGGAAGAGGUUGCCACCAUAGCCCCAAGGAUGCGAGAUUUCGGGCAUCGGGUGCUUCCAGUUUUCUACAAAGUGGAUCCUUCUGAUGUAUCAGAGGAUUCUGGAAGUUACGCUGCUACCAUUGAGCAGAAGCAUGGAGCUAGCAAAUCUCCGGAUGAUAGGAAGAAGUAG